AUGCCCAGACUCAUUUCACAGCUGCGCCAGAAGUGGGUUAUCACAAUCAUUGUUUCAUGCUUCACCCUGAUCCCGCCAGUCUCAUCAACAAUGGUUGCACCGGCCCUCGCGACCAUGGCGGCGGAUCUCGGUAUUAUAGAUGCCGUGGUCUCGCAACUCACACUCACGAUCUUCAUGCUUGCAUACGCUAUCGGGCCAUUACUUCUCGGCCCCUUAUCUGAAACCAUUGGACGGUUGCCGGUUCUUCUAGGAUCAAACGUGUUCUUUUUGGCCUGGACUCUCGGUUGUGGACUAGCAAGAAACAAGGCAGAAUUGAUUGCUUUUAGAUUUCUCGCAGGAAUUGGGGGAAGUGCACCAUUGGCCAUGGGUGGAGGUGUAAUCAGCGACCUCUGGGCUCCAGAAGAACGUGGACAGGCGGUCGGUAUCUAUAGCCUUGCGCCUCCUUUGGGUCCUGUUAUUGGGCCCCUUGCUGGCGGUUGGAUUACUGAGCGUACAACAUGGCGAUGGAUGUUUUAUUCCACAAGCAUGGCCGCAGGUGCUGCCGGAGUGGUUGGUUUCGUCUUCCUACGCGAGACAUAUACACCUGCCCUACUCAAACAGAGACAACGCCAUGAAUCCCGCGAAGCUACCACUGACAGCAAUGCUGGUGAGUUUCUGGUAACACGAUUACGACUAGCAUCCCUUCGUCCAUUACAACUCUUUAUUACGGAGCCGAUCGUUACGGUAGUCGGCAUUUACAUGGCCGUGGUCUUCGGUGUCCUAUACAUCCUUCUCUCUACAUAUCCCAAAGUAUGGACACAGGAAUACGGCGAGAGUCCCGGCAUUGGUGGCCUAAACUAUAUCUCUCUUAGUCUUAGUUAUGUACUCGGCUCCCAGAUAAAUGCCUACAGUAGCGACGUAAUAUACCGUCGCCUCCAAGCGCGCAGAAAUACCAAUGACCUGCAGGUCAACUCAAAAGGGGAACCUGAAUUCCGGGUCCCGCCUAUGUUCGUCGGCUCUGUCCUGAUUCCGAUUGGGAUGUUUUGGUACGGGUGGAGUGUGCAGGCACAUACGCAUUGGAUUAUGCCCAAUAUAGGAAGUUUCAUAUUCUCCUUGGGAUCGAUCACUUGUAUGCAGUCCAUGCAGGCCUAUGUCAUUGAUAGUUACGGGAAGUAUGCAGCGAGUGGCCUUGCAGUAGCUGUGCUACUGAGGAAUAUGGCGGCAUUUGGGAUCCCCCUUUUCGCCCCAUAUAUGUAUGACUCGUUGCAUUAUGGAUGGGGGAACAGUGUAUUGGGAUUUGUCAGUGUUGUCAUCGGGAUUCCAUCGCCGUUGUUGUUUUGGAUAUAUGGAAAGAAAAUACGUGGGAGGUCAAAGUUCGCAGUGCAAUAA